UGUGAUCAGGACUCUGUGGAUCUGGCUGGAUGAGGAGCUUCUGUGGCCUCAUCAGUAAAUACAUCAUUAAUUAAUUACAUCAUCAAUACGGGUCACAUCACUUCCAGGCAUGGAUCAUCUGUAACCCUAGACAUCAGAGUUGGACAGAAAACCCGGUUUAAUGACCCUGUUGGAAGAAUUCCUGCUUUUUUGAGUCAGAAAGAACUUCGGUAGGAAAGUGUUCCCGGUAAACGCUGCUCUCGUGUAACACCGUGAGACAACUCGUUUCUGAUGAAUUGCCCCACGUGUGCGCGCGGAGGAGCGAUUCCCACGCGCGCCUAUAAUAACGCGCCGCGCGUGGACGAAGCGCACUCGGCCGCCGGCACGCGCUGAACAACAAACACGGAACGGAACCGACAAGCGGCGUUAACACGGAAACACCGGACUGGGAGGACAAAACAAAACAAAACAAAACAUUUUCUUUCGUUAUUCAGUCUGAGAUUAAACCCGCAGGAAAACACCGCUCGAGACUCAGGUGUGUGUGUGUAUUUGUGGUCGUCGGUCCUUGCUCUUCAACGAUGCGCGCGCUGCGAAUCAUGUUGGUCGUCGUGGGGCUUGCGCUGUGCGCGUGCGCCGCCGCGCGCGAGAGCGCGGACGCGGGUGCGCGGGCGGACCCGGACCCGGACGUCGCGCGGAGCUACCGCAGCCUGUUCACGCGCAUCCUGGAGAUGGUGCAGAGCGGCGAGGACGGCGCGGGCGCGGAGCUCGCGCAGGACACCGCCGAGAAGGAGAGCAAACAUCGUCGGCUGCAGACGAAGAGCGGGGAUCAGAUCCUGGAAAUCUUCCCUAGGGAUCUCAGAAAGAAGGAGAAGUUUAUAAAGAAUUUAACAGGGCCACUGUACUUCAGCCCGAAGUGCAGGAAACAUGUCUACAGGCUUUACCACAACACCAGAGACUGCACCCUACCUGCAUAUUAUAGAAGAUGUGCACGGCUUCUUAUCAGGCUAGCCGGGAGUCCGCGAUGCCUCGAGAGCUAACUGUGACCAGGUUCGAAAUCAUUGGAGGAAGGAAACAAAAAAAAAUCUCUUAAGUGCUCUUUGGACAAGAUAAAGCCCCGUCGUUCACGGCGUCCACAUGGGACCGACAGCUGAACAGUAGAACGGAGCAUGUCAUUAGAGCAAAAACGGACGUAUUCAUCGUUACCUUGUCUGAGACUCAAACUCGACGGGAGCUGCAUCAAAAAGCUUUGGACUCGUAGGAUCUGAUGGAACGCUUUGUUCCAAGACAAACGGAUCGCCUUGGCUAUGUAUUUUGUCCUGAUAUGAUGAUGACGCUUUCACGCUCAUUAUUCCGUCCAUCAGUGACUAUCGUUUGGAGGUCCUUAACCUCCAACUUAUUUUCAUCGUAUGCUUAUUUCUCGCAGCACAUGUCUGUGAAACGAUCGGAUGAUUUCUGACCUGAAUGUGUGUGUGUGUGUGUGUGUGUGGAAUAGGAAAUAUAGUCCAUAUAUUUUGAUGUACAUGACGUAUGGAGGUUUCAAAAAUCCCAAUGUAAAUACUGUACAUAAAGGAGAUGUCAAAUCCCUGGAACGAGCAUAAGGCUAUAGUGAAGUGUUGGGAUACAGAUAAAUAUUUAAGAGAAAUAUAUUUAAAUAAAUUAUAUGAUUGUUA